GUUUGACGCCUCUAAUUCUAUAUUUGUUCGGAAACAGAAAAAGUAAAAAGAGAUAAAUAGACCAAAGAAGUUUCAGAUGACACGUUUCUUUCUCCCCCGGAAAACCACUAUUUAUUGCUUCUCUUCAUUACAAACACUUUUCAUUCUUCAAAACCUCAUAAUUCUUCCUUUGUUCUUCAGUAUCCACCAUAAAUUUUGCAUAUUACACACACUAAUUACACGCACAUGGCACACACUUUUGUUCACAAAGACCAGAUUGACCUCCCUCCAGGUUUCCGAUUCCAUCCAACAGACGAAGAACUUAUAUCUCACUACCUUUACCCAAAGGUUUCAAAUAUCAAUUUCUCAGCUCUAGCGAUUGGAGAAGUCGAUUUGAACAAAGUCGAGCCAUGGGAGCUUCCAUGGAGAGCAAACCUCGGGUAUUGGAAAGCUACAGGGAAAGAUAAAGAGAUUUUCAAAGAGAAAUCGCUCGUGGGUAUGAAGAAAACACUUGUGUUUUAUAAAGGAAGAGCUCCGAAAGGUGAAAAGACAGAUUGGGUUAUGCAUGAAUAUCGAUUAGAUGGAAAGUUUUCAACGAUUAAUCUCCCAAAAUCCUCUAAGGGUGAAUGGGUGAUUAGUAGGGUUUUCUACAAGACUACAGAUUUGCCUCCAUUAAUGGAGAUUUCAAGUGUGGAAGGAGGAUCAAGAACCGAGACAUCUCACGUGACCUGCUUCUCCAAUUCCAUGGAAGAACAAAAACCAAAGAACGAGGAAACAAUGGGUAGUUGGAGCUCAGGGAAUUCAUUAAUGGCGUCAAGAAGUGAUAACGUUUGUUUCCUUUCAAAUCAAAUGGCCCCAAACGUUGAAAAUUAUCAGUAUCAAGACACGACUUGGAUGCAAGAUCCAUCGAUCCUUAAAAUCUUGCUUGAGGCCAACAAUGAUUCAAGUAUACGACAGAAUUUGAAAACUGAAUUGGUGGAUGAUCAAGAUUAUGGUAUGAAUUUGGGUGUUCAAGUUGAUCUUGAUAACAUAUGGAAUUAUUGA